UUCACCAUUUCCAAGGAAAAGCUAUUGAUUGGAAGUACAGGAACAUUAACUAUGAGAUGUGAUAUCACUGAAACAGAUGUGAACAGUAUUUUCCUCAUUCAGAUACGAAGACUUAAAUCAACCACAGUUUCUGGAUCAGAGGCUGGACAUUGGGAUACAUUAGUAAAAAUGGAAUUAGGUAAAACUGAAACCCCUACUUUAAGUCCAGAUAUUGCAGCUGUAGCAGGUACUUAUGAUUAUGUUGCUGGAGGAUCACGGGAUUCUACAACACCUGCUAAUACGUAUCUUACACUAUCAAUGAACAUGGAGAAGUUAGUGUGUGGUGAUGCUAGAGCUUAUAGAUGUGAAUUGUCUUAUAAAAGUUCCACAACAGAUGCAGUUAUAUCAGCUAAAAGGAGUUCAACUUUCUCAGCAUAUGUAAAACCCCAAGUGACAUCAUUAAUAACAAAGAAGAAUGGAUUUAUAAUGGAAGGAAUGUCACCAUCAAACAUGGUCACUACUGAGGUAGGAGAUGAGUUGCAACUGACAUGUACUGCUAAUAUAGGAAGCUUUUCACAAACAAUUAUUCGAUGGCAUAGAACAUCUGAAACUUCCACAAGCGAUGACUUUAUUGGCUAUCAACCACCAAAAGGUACUGUGGAUGAAGGCACAGCAACCAGUGACAAUCAGUGUGGAUAUAUCCGAGUUGCUUCAAUCAAGUACAACGUUACAGUGACUGAUGCUUUAAGGGAUAACAAUCUGGCAUUUGAGUGUUUCGUAAAGGUAAGUGGAGAUCCUUAUGGAAAAUCUUACACAUCUGGAAACAAUCCAAGACUCUAUAUUGAUGUUAUCAAGCCAUGCAACGCCAAAACAAUUUCUGAUAUUGGUGCAGCAGGUACUGACGUUUCAUUAGCUGUUUUAGUGGGGGCUAUUUUUUCUGCAUUAGUUGUUGGUUUUCUUUUAGGAAUGGCUUUCAGGCACUUCUAUCAACGUUUAAAAAGAACUGUAAUAGGCCACAAGACGCAAGCCCAGCACCAACAAAACCAAUUACAAGAAACAGAGAUUAAUGUCGUGACCCUUCCGACGAAUACGUACGAACAACUUCGAAACAGAACAGAUAUGGAGAGCAGGAUGACCUACGACACUUUGAAUGUCAAUCACAAUAUGAGAAUGUGAAAAAGGGAUCAGGAAUACCUAACACUUAUGCAAGUCUAUACACAUCGAAUGAAAUGUAAUGAAAACCAAGAUUGUGAACACAAUGCUUCCAGACAUAAUCUAAGUAUGACUACGUGUCAUAUCAUUCUUCUGUUUAUGUUACGACUUUGUUAAGCCCCGGUCACAUAUUCACGGAUAAUGCCACGGAAGAGCUACGGUCUAAUCGUUCACGGAUUACUACGGAAAUGUGAAAUUCCGUAGUCCGCUACGGUUCCAGUACGGACACACAACGGUAUAAGUACGGAGUCCGACGGAUUUACCACCAAAAUCCCCCGGAGAGACACGGAUUGUUACGGACCGACACGGUUUGAUGCGGAGCGACACGAAUUAGGACGGACGCACUACGGAUACACUACGGUCUGCUACGGUAUAAGCACGGGUUAGUACGAAUAAGUACGGUCUGAUACGGAGAAGAACGAAUUGAUACGGAGAAGAACGAAUUGCCACGGAUCUAUACGGACCUAAUACAUCCGUCCACAAUCUCUUGCAUAAAUGCCCCACAAGAAAAGAACACCUGGAAAACGAAUUGCAGAGUUUAAUGAUUUCGGCGGAGAGGAUUCGGCCUGAUCGCGUCUGACCCCCGAGACACAUCAGGUCCGAUAAAAGUGAAUUUCUUGAAGGACGCUGGGUCCUCAACAAGUUCGGCCAUGAGAGCUUCAUACUAAACAUGAAGGGGUCUUCGUAA